UGUUGGAUCCAAAUAAUCAAAGAAAUCGACGAUCUAAGGCAACAGAAUGUGAAUGGAAAGUUAAUGCGAACUUCUCAAAGAGAACAUCAAUGAUUUCUUUUACCACAGUCGUGGAUAAACAUACUCAUCCGUUGGUUCCUUCACCUGCAACCAAUAUCGCUAGAUAUCGUAAGCUUGGUAAUGACAUGGUUGAAUUUAUUGAAUUUUGUGUACAUCACGGCGUAACUAGCGCACAAAGCAUUGGACGUCUUUUAAAAGGAAAAUUUCCUGGAAGAAAGGUUUAUCAAAAGGCCCUUUAUAAUGCAAUUCAAGUAGCAAAAAAAAAAUUAGUAACGCGAGUUGAAUUUGACGCGGCGGAUCUUAUGAAACAGUUAUAUUCAAGACGAGCUGAGGAUUCACGUUGGUUUGUAGAGGCGAAAUUUGAAAAAAAUGAGCGUCGUUUGUGUGGAUUAGUAUGGCUAUCGCCUGAACAGCAAAUUUUAUGGACCCGUUAUCACGAUGUUCUUUUUUUUGAUACAACGUCUCGUACUAAUAAGUAUAAUAUGGUGGCUUGUUUCUUUGUCGUUGUCGACAAUUGUAAUCGAACGCGACUUGUUGCAACUGCAUUACUUGAAGAUGAGACAGAAAAUAGUUUCUCUUGGGCAUUACAAAUGAUUAAAAAAUGUAUGGGAAGUCUAACACCAAAGGUCGUAUUUACCGAUUCCGACCCAGCAAUGAUUAGCGCAAUAAACUUGGAAUUUUCAGAUUCUAUUCAUUGCUUAUGUAUAUUCCACCUUGAUCUUAAUUUAAAGAAAAAUCUUAGAAAUAAGCUGAGUUCGAUAGAAUUCAAGGAGUUUCGUGAGGCUUUUUUUAAGUGUAGGAACAUCUUAGUUUCAAGUGUUUUUGAAAGUCAAUGGGAAAGUUUAAAAGUGGAAUAUCCAUCAAUCAGUGGUUAUAUUAAGCGACAAUUGGAUCCGUUUAAACAUAAAUGGGCCAUCUGUUAUACAAAUAAUCAAUUCACGGCCGGGGCAAAUAGCACUCAACGGGUUGAAAGCUUUAAUCGUAAAAUCCAUGAUUGUGUUCGGUCAAGUUCAUCACUUCUGGAAUUGACAAAAGAAAUUCAAGAUUUACUUGAUAAAGAAGCCGAAUAUGUGAGAGUCGAGGAGUAUAAAGAACAAAUCCCUAUGAUCGGUCUUCCAACUAUCUCAAAAACCUAUUUUAAUUCUAUUGAGACGGUUGUUUCACGAUCUCUUUUACCAGCUAUGGUGUUUGUUGUAUGUAAACAAAUGCAGGAAUGUUUUUACUAUGACUGCUUUCGAAUGGAUAGCACGGUUGUUGAUUUAAUUGUAGAGGAACAAGUAAAUAUUAACAAUAUUGAGGGAGCACGGGAAGAUAAUUACGAUAUCACGAAAAUAUGUCUUGCCGACAUUAUAUCAACGGUUAGACAAGAACAAGUUAUAGAAAUUUGGAGAGUAGUUUUACGUUGUUCUCCUCAGGCUAAAUGGCAUAUUGGACUUAUUGCGGCGCGAUGGUAUAAAGACAAUUUCGUUGAUGAUAUUUGGAAGCAGUCCCCAAUUACAAUAUGUGCUAAUUCAGAUGAAACCCAUGUACCAUGUGAUGUUGAAUAUCCGAUAUGCAAAUUUGAUCACAUAAAGCAAGUUCGAAAGACUGAAGUUUAUAGUCAAACAUUGAGAGAAGUCAAUAAUACACGACAAAAGUAUGGAAGAGCUCAAGGCAUUAUGAGAAAAGUACUUGAUAUAGCAAUCGCGACUGAUUCAUACGACGAAUUGAUGGGUAUUUGUCAUGGAUUUAUCUUGGAUAAACAAGGAAACCAAGAACCUGAUACAAUAACGGAUGAAAUUGAAUGCAAUAUUAAGAACCCUGUGGUUAGUACAAGAAAGGGACGUCCGCCUGGACGAGCAAAAAGCAAUGUUGAAGUUCAAGAUCAACGUGCUAAAAAGAUGCGACAUCCACAAACUUCAGAAAUUACUAAUGAAUAUGAAAUCAAAGACAAUAGGAAAACAUGUCAAAAUUGUGGAAAUAAGGGACACAAUAGGGCAACAUGCAAAAUUAAUCAGG